AUGAACCGAAUGAGUUUAGCAAUUCUGAGCUCUUUGCUCCUUUGUUCAACUCUCAUUGCUCAAAGCUCUGCCAUAGAGAAUGAAGUAUAUGUCAUUCAAGAUUCCCAACCAGGACAUAUCAUCUCGGGUGUUCAAAAUCAGACUAUUUUGUUCACGAAGAAUACAACCGCUGGAAUCAGUUUCAGCGCUGUCCUGAAAAAUGGUAAGCAGCUUACCAAUCUUCUGAAAGAUUGCAACAUUAAGAACGGUGACACCAAUGCUCAGUUGAUGAACUUAUAUGACUUCGUGGCUCAAGGCAUAAACACUAAGGUUUAUGCCUCUUCAAUUCUUGUUGAUUGCUCAAAGGGUAUUGCAACAAGCGCAGUUUUCCUAGUACAAUCUCAGAAAGAUCUUGUUAUCUUCGACUCUUAUAAGGUUUAUGAUCAAGUUAUCCCACCUACUAACGCAGCAGGAAGCAAAAGCUCAAUUGGAGUCACAUUACUCACAACGGGUUUAGCUAACAUUUAUGUUGUCAGCGCUAAGUUCACUUCUGGCCAAUCAUUCAGAUACGGCUUGGGUACUCCAGACCUUGCUCCAAAAUAUACUAUCAACUCGACCACAAGUUUCCCAUAUUUUAUUCCACAACAUCAACUAGCAACAACUUUCUACUUCAACGGGGCUGACUUAACAUACGACAUCCGUGGAGGAUAUAUUCCUCAAAACUGCUCCGGAACAACUAUCAUCGAUCAAAACACAUUGCAAAAUAAUUCUUUCAUGUUCCCAAAUAUUGGAAGUUAUUACCAACUGUACAAUACCCAACUUGCUUGCCAAUUCAAGAUCGUCACCAAGAGUUUGGACUAUAUACCACAAAUUGAAAUGAAUGGAUACUUGGUAUCAAACACCAUAAUCUCUGUCACAUCAAACAAUGGUUUCGGAAUUUAUUAUGCUCCAGUUGGCCUCUUGAAUGAAAAUGAUGAUUAUCGUGGAAGCACUCUCGCACCUAUCUAUUAUUUGCCAUCUGAUGGAGUUAUUGACAUCAAUGCUUUCGGAGCCUCAAUUGGCUUUUUCAGCUUGAAGGUCUCAUUUGUACCAGCUAGUGAUAGUAGAUCUAAUUCUCUCAAUGUGUUCGCUAAUACAUCAAGAGUUACUCUUGAAAGCGUGUCGGCUUCGCAGUACCAAUUAAGCUCUUCCAAUGCUGGGGCUCCUCAAAUAUCUUUGAGUCUUGCUCCUGCCAAUACAGCAUCUUACUAUACCGGUAGUUAUGAUAACUGCUUCUUGAACAUUUUGAGAGACAAAUCACCACUCAGCACCCCCGUUGCAAGAUACAGUUUGCGUCAAUUCGCUGGUAUGACUAAGCCAAUCUACUUCCAAAAUGGUGUUAUCAAAUGUCAAAUUCCAACACAAAUGUACGGAUAUAUGCUUGUUAGGCUGAACACUGCAGACAAUUUCAACCAAUUCGCCUCAGCCAUGGCUCGUAUUGGUGUGGAUCAAAGCACCAGAUAUAACAUUCCUCAAAUCAACUCAACAUCUCUCACUAAUAUCAUAACUAUUCUUGUGGAAAAUACAAAUCAAGAAAGUACUCUGAACGUCAUUGGCGGUACAGCUGAUUCACCCGUAGCUAUUCACACUGGAGGUGAAUCCGCACCAAUCACAGCGACUGUUCAUAGAAGUGAUCUUUCGAGACGAACUGCAGGAAGGAUCAUCACUUAUGAAACCCAACCAAUGGUUACUUAUCUGGAAAUCAGUGUGACCAAUUCAGGAAAAACAGUCAUUCUCAAUAGCAUGUUGCUUUUGGUUGUUGGAUACUUCCUUCAUUAA